AUGAUAGUCAUCUAUAGCCCUUACCUUCACUUCUAAUAAGUCCAACCAAUAGCGUAUAAUUAUCAUAAUUCAAAAGAAUCCGCCCAUAAACUGCCUCAAUACAAAGACCAACAAUAAACACAUCUGGUUAUGAACAAGUAUAACAAAAAGACAUAUGCUUUGAAAAAGAUCAAGUUAAAGAUUAAAAAGCCUAUGUAAACAAGCAAGCCCCGCAAUCACCCAGCAAUAUUGAAAAUGAAAAAAUCAUUUAUGGAAACAGAUGAAAAGGGAAGGAAAUUUUUAUAUCUUGUGUUGGAACAGGCAAAAAAUGGAGAUCUCUCGAAAAUAGGAGAUUUCAGUGAAUCUAGAAAAUUAAAAUUUGGAAAGUUAAUAAAAUGUGGUAAAAGAGUAGUUGGUAGUCCAUUUACUAUGGCUCCAGAACUAAUCAGAAAGCAGUACUAUGACUUUAGAAGCGAUGUUUGGUCUUUAGGCAUUACUUUUUACUUCAUGACUUUCAUGAAACUCCCAUUUAAUGAGGAAUCGAUAUAGCAGCUUAUGAAAUCUAUACUUCAAAAGAAACUAAUCUUCCCAAAGAAUAACCAUUCAAAGAAACUUAACGAAUUUUUAACAUAUAUUCUCCAAAAAGAUAUUAAGGAUAGGCCUUAUAUUCAUCAAAUUUAUGAUAAAUUUCCCUCAAGCUACAAAUUAAGAGGACAAGACCUCUAAAAUUAUAAAAAGCUUUGCCAAGCAUAUGAGUAAACAAAUAAACUUAAAGAUUUAAUUGAUCAAAUGCAUUUAUUGGGCUCAGAUAAAAAAAAUAAAGAAUUCGAGGAAAUAAAGACUAUAGAAGUAUUAUCAAGAAACUAAAGCUAAAAUAAUUUAAUGCUUUCUGAGUAAAGAAAUAGAACAUUUGAAACUGAUGAUAACCCAUUAUCUAAUAUAAACUUUAGUGAUAGUGAAAGCGAAAAAAGCAUAGACGAAAAUUAGGCCUUCAGAUUUAUGAAUGAUACCGUAGCUACUGGAUGCACAGGUACCAUUCUCUCUUAAAAGCAAAAUAAUCCUUUAUUUUUCUCAACUUUUGACUAGAAUUUAAAGAAAAUAGAAUACCAAGAGCAUAAUCCAAAGCACCAAUUAAAUAGUUAUAACUAAGGACUGAGUCAUAAUCAAUCAAAAUUGUUGACUUAUCCAAAAAUCUUGCUGAAAAUCAAGCCAGUUGGCCAAGUACUUUCGGGCAUAGAGGCUCUUUAGAGCAAUAAAAAUUUGUUAUAAGGCCAGAUAGAUAAUAGGUAAUCAAAAAGACAUUUGCACUCAAACUAUAGACUGAUCAACAAUCAGCUUAGGAGUAAAUUAAGCAAGACUCCAAUCAGUAGGUUAAAGAAAAAGUGA